GAAAUUGCCAGAAAAAGCAAAACCAAGUAGAAUGGGGCUACGGGAAAGUUGAGAGAGAGAGAGAGAGAGAGAGAGAGAGGGGAAAGGUAGAGAGAGUUGGAUCUCCAACCCGCCCACCCACCACGUAAAUUACUUAACCCAUCAAUUCGGUAGCUGAUCCAUGGCGUCUUUCUCACACAGAGGUGAAACUGGAUGGUUUAUGCUUUUGGUAGUUAUUCCUCACGGGCUCUCUUCUCCUUGCUAUCUCCACGUCUGUUUGUGGGGGCAAGUUGAGUUUAGCUGUUCAGGGACAUGGGGGCAUGAACCCUUGGCGAACAAUAACCCUUUGAGUAACUAGUGAUUUCUUUACAUAGACCAAGCAAGCAUGGGUACACCCUUGCAGUUUGGAAGAUAUCACAUCUGAUUUUUGGUUAUGUACAUUUAAACCAGUACCUUUAUCAAGAGAUAGGAGCCACACCAAUUCUCUAUUGGAAUUUUAACUCCUUAGAAAUGUAAUUUUGGAAUACGUGAGUUGGUUCCUUGAACUUCAAUAAGUAGAUGGUUCAGCAACUGUAAGGCUGAAAAUACAUUUUCUAAACUGUAAUGCGAUGGGUAAGGAGAGUUUGCCACAAAUAAUUAAAAGGGGAGUGACUGAUGGAGAUUCUUCACCCAUUGAGACUGAAGGCUCAGGGAGUUUAUCGCGUUGCAGUUUAGACAAGGAGGCAGAACUGGCAACUUGUCGUGUAUGCCAUUGUGCUGAAUCAGACAAAAGGGGGGAUGCUGUAUUGGGGUUUUUGGGUAUCACUCCGCCAUUAAAAUGUCUGUCUACAGGCAAUGAGGAUGAAGGGGCUAACUGUGAUGCUGCCUUGGAAGAUGCUGAAAGGAAUCAUUCUUGUGAUAGAAGAGAAUCUGAGUUUGUUGAGUUUAUCGGUCCUAAGGGAGAGGUAUUUGUUUGUAAUACAGAUAUAGAAAUGGGAUUUAGUAACCACUGUGACAAAUUGACUGAACUAGGUUGCUCUUGCAAAAAUGAUCUUGCUCUAGUGCACUAUGCUUGUGCACUCAAAUGGUUUGUGAACCAUGGAUCCACUAUCUGUGAAAUUUGUGGAUGUGUUGCAAAAAAUAUUAGAACUGCAGAUUUCAAGAAGGUUUUAGUGUCCCUGAAGGAUUAUGAGGUAUUGAGAGAAAGGACUGCUAAUGGAGAACCUAGUCCUGCACAGGUGCGGACAAAUUUAGGUGUAGACCCUGAUGCUAUUGCUGCCAUUCGGAGGCAAAGGCUAAGUGAAAUUUCUUUGUGGUUUAAUCCACACAAUAACAACCAACACCUUGCCACAGCUUCACUAGUUGUAGCUGAGCAACCUUCUAAUGUUGUCACCGAAGAAGUUGCUGCUGCUGAAAAUCCUGUGACGAAAUGGGCUGUGGAGGGUACUGGAAUCCUGCUUGCAACUGGACUGCUUACUGUCACACUUGCAUGGCUCCUUGCUCCACGAGUUGGAAAGAAAACUGCCAAAAGUGGCCUUCACAUUCUUCUUGGAGGCAUUUGUGCUUUAACUGUUGUAGUCUUCUUUCGCUUUUUUGUGCUAACAAGAAUCAGAUAUGGACCUGCACGGUACUGGGCCAUCUUAUUUGUCUUCUGGUUUCUUGUGUUUGGCAUAUGGGCUUCAAGGACACAUGGUGCUCAUUCUACCUAAAUCUAAUGGUUCAUUGUCUAUUCAAGAAAGAAUAUCUCUCUGGUAGUUCAAGAGUUUGUAUAACCUUACUAUGAUGCAAUUUGAGCAUGACCCAUAUAUUGUGCCUUGUAGUUUGCUUUUGUAAGUUAGCUAAGGAUGGGCCAUUUACUCUGGGCAUAAAAGCACCAAUUAUUGUUGUUCAUACUGCCCAGUUGAAGACAAUAUUUGCUUCUUUUGAAGGUUUUUGUCAAAUUGUUCUUGGAGUUCUUACAUUUUUUCCUUGUAACAUGGUCAUUGUUUAUUGAGGAUUUACAAUUCGUCUUAUUGGUGUAACUAUAAAGACAUAUGUGAUAUCACCAAAGCUACAUGGUGAAAGCGAACAAAUAAUGCUUCUUGCAGCCCUUGCAAUCUCAAAUGACAGUUGUACUUUUAUUUUUUAUGGCAUUUUGUUAGCAGCAUUAGAUUGCUGAUCAACUGUUUUUUCUGA